CUGGUCGCAACACAACUAUCCGCUGUCCUCCCAUCCUCCUCUUCUCCACCACACUCCUCAGGGGACGCGACCACACCAUGGAACGCAGCGCCGGCAGACCGUGGACGGCCAACGAAGACGACCUACUCGUACAGGCAGUCGCUCUCCACGGCGAAUCAGACAACUGGAAGGCCAUCGCUCGUGCAGUGCCUGGUCGCACCAAUAAGGCAUGCAGAAAGCGCUGGUUACACUCCCUCUCUCCCAACAUUAGAAAAUCGGCGUGGACCCCAGAGGAGGACAGGGUUCUGCUCGACCUCUACAAAAUCCACCACACCAAGUGGUCCGUCAUAGCCCGCCACAUUCCCGGUCGCACAGAUGAUGCCUGCUCCAAACGCUAUCGCGAGGCUCUUGACCCCUCUCUCAAACGCGACGAGUGGACCCAGGAAGAGGACGAUAAGCUCGCCGAAGCCUUCCUUCGCCUCGGUGGUCGCUGGGGCGUCGUUGGCCAAGAGCUUCAGCGAAGCGGUCUCGCUUGCCGUAACAGGUGGAGGCUCCUCGAGCGCAAGCGUUCAACCGCCAUGUCCGCCUCCACUGACCAACGCGUCCAGCAGCCCCUCCCUUCGUCGCUGCCCCCCAGCGAGGCGCCAAGCCCCUUGGUCGAGUACCAGCCUGCUCCAUGGUCCCACACUCCCGUCUACUCUCAAACGCCGCAGUGGGACAUUCCAUCGAUCGACGACACCACCCUCCGGCACAGUUUUCAAAACACUGGUGCUCCACUUGCCACCGAUGUCUCGUUCCAGUACUCAUCUUCGUCCCUGAGCUCUGCGCUGUCUUCGCCACAUCCCUCCUCGUCCGACUUUGGCGCUGGCCCCAGUACUCACCAACAUCAGCAACACGAACAUCACUCGUCGCAGCGGCAACAACCUUUGACUGUUACUCUGCCAGGCUACAACACCGAUCAUCGCACUCCUGACGCUGCUCACCAGGGGUACUCGCUGCACUUUGACUAUCACUCGGACUUCUCUACACCGAGCACGCCUGCUGUAACUGACAACCUGUCGUACCAGCAACAACAGCUCCAUGUCGGGCAGUCUAACGAGGUCACCCUGCCGAGCCCUGCGAAUUCGCACUUUGAUUCGUACAUACCCCAGCCUCAGACCCAGGAGCACGUCUCUAGUCACUCGUACUAUACCCCUCAGGCCGAGCAUGUCCAGAAUGCGCCAACCCCUCAGCAUCAACUACCUCAGGCCUCGACGCGUCCAGAGGGCGAUAUGAUGCACUUCUCUGGCUCCCAGCAGAGUCACUCGCAGAUGAACAUGCCCCACUUGCACAGUGCUCAUGAUCACUCUGGCCACUCUAGUCACUCGGUGUACCUGACCCCUCAGUCCCAAUAUGAGCAUCAGAACAAUGUCGAUGUCUCGGCGCUUCAUCAAGGCCCCUACUACCAUGGUGGUCAAGCUCCUAAUCGCGCUUCUCAGCAGCCGAUGCCAGAGCGCGCGCAGUCUGCUACCCCGUGUGGCGAACAGCAGCAACAGCAGGCUGGGACGAAGCCCGGGUUUUACCCACCCAUUCCCCCGGUCCAGAUUCGCAACUCGGCAAACUUCCCUGUUCACAGGACGUACAUUCAUCCCAGCGAGCGUGCACUUUCUCGCGAGGCGGGCGCCCACCGGACGUAUAUGCAACCAGGCGAACGGCAGAACUCGUACAACUCGGCAUCGCUAGCUCAGAACGGGCAGAGAGCUGCCGGCGCUGGGAGUCCGUAUCCUGGCUACAUGCGGGGCUCGUCUUCUUCGUCUUCGAUGGCACCGCCCCCCACGCCAAAGUCUGAGUCCGGCUCCACGUCUCAGUUGGAACAAGGCGGGGCCGCGUCCUCGGACACACAGCCCGACGGAGGCUUCCCUGGUGCGGCGGGCGACUACCCUCGUGGCGGACCGAGGCCAAGGCCCCGGCCAAUGGGCAACCGGCGCCGACCGGAUCUUCAGGCACCGCUGCGGCUUUCUUCGGAUCUGCCCGCGACCAAUGAUCCGAACGUCAAACCUUAUGCGUGCGGUCAUGAGACGUGUUGGCCCGCGGAGGCCAAGCAGAGCUCGCACAUGUUCCGCACGUCCCGCGGCCUCUCGGACCACAACAAGGCGGCCCACCCCGACGACGCUGGCGGUGACCGUCCGUAUCGAUGCGGUCUCGAAGGAUGCGGCAAGUCAUGGAAGAGCAUCAAUGGGCUCCAGUACCAUUUGCAAAUUUCGAAGGCGCACUUCCAGCACGCCAUCUCCACGACGAUCAUGCGCACGUCGUUCAACGCUAGCGUCGAAGCGGCCCAGAGUUCCGCUAGCAGCGGCGGCGGCGGCUCGCCGGAGGACGGCGAGGAUAAGGGCAAGAAGCAGUAUGUGUGUCCGCACGAUAACUGCUUCAAUCGGUACAAGCAGCUCAGCGGUCUGCGGUACCAUCUUGCUCAUGGCCACCCCGUGGACAUGCCUGUGCAGCUCGAUCUCGUCCCGCCUGCGCUCUCUCGCCGGCUGAACGAGAAGCUGCAGGCUAGCAGCGGCCGGGCGGCGGCGCCCCGUCUUGCUAUAGAGGCGGUGUGCGACGACUUGUGUUGCUGAUCGAUCGCCGCCUUGUUCGUCCUCUGGAUUCUGUCGUCCUGGAAGGUCUCGUUUAUCUUAUCGUCCAACACUGGCCGUUAAUUGGCAUCGCACGCCGCGCUCCCCCCACCCCCGUUUAUCGAUUAUCAUUCGUGCUUUUGCUUCCUCUGUUGUCUGCAUCGGCUUCCUCUCCUUGUACAUGCAUUGCCUGCGCGGCGAGGCCUAAUAGCCGCCGCUGUUCACUCCUUGUCUGCUCCACCCCAUCUUCGCCCGGCUUGACCUCUUGCACCCCGUGUAACUUGGCCGUUCUGCGUAUUUCUCUUGUUUGUUUGUCUUAUCUUAUCUUUCUCUGUCCUUUUCUUUUGGCACUGGCAGCUCCACUACACAACACGGCCUUUAUCCUUAUUAUAAUACCACUCCGGACUUCGUUCGUACAUACUUGGGUUGCAUUUUUGAUCUGACGCAACGGCAUUCCACACUCCAUAUUCAUUCGCAUGUUCAUUUU